GGAAGCUGCCGUUUUCCUCUAUUUCAGUAAAGGAAGUGACAGAAUAAGCAACACAGACACUGUAUGUGAAGCUGCCUCCCACUGAGCACUGGCCCUGUUGCACUCUGAUGCUGCAGUGUGAAAAUAUUAUAUUCAUUGCAGUGUACAUACACAAGAAGGACAUCAUGGCUGCUAGGGUCACUCUCCUUUUCUUCUGUUAUUUUCUCUGCCUAAAGGCAGCAACAUCUACACCUGGUGUGAAUACCAGUACUGAAACUACUACAACCUACAGCACAGCAGUAGGAGGCACUGUUGUGAAUACCAAUACUGAAACUACUACAGCCAACACAGCAGUAGGAGGCACUGACUCAAAGAUAACGGAUGCAACAAAAGCACCAUCAACCUUUCCAACUGAUACGAAUAAAAGUGCUGGAACUACUGUAACCAACAAACAAGGAGGAGGAAACUCAGGAGGUGUGAAUACCAAUACUGAAACUACUACAACCUACAGCACAGCAGUAGGAGGCACUGUUGUGAAUACCAAUACUGAAACUACUACAGCCAACACAGCAGUAGGAGGCACUGACUCAAAGAUUACGGAUGCAACAAAAGCACCAUCAACCUUUCCAACUGAUACGAAUAAAAGUGCUGGAACUACUGUAACCAACAAACAAGGAGGAGGAAACUCAGGAGAUACAAAUAAAAUUGCUACAACAACAAAAACCAGCAAACCAGGAGGAGGAGUAGGAGGAUACCCUGCUGUGAAUACCAAUACUGAAACUACAGCCAACAACACAGCAGGAGGAGGCUCUGGUCAUCAGUUUGAAGGACCGAUUGUUUCUAAAUUUGAUUCCAGAUAUCUCUGGCUGUUGGUUUUGAUGGUUGCAGUCCUGGCUUUGGCAGUGUACUUGAAGUGCUUUAAAGGGCAGAAGAAUCCAGUUGACAACAUGGACCACGGAACAGAGAAUGCCUCGUUCCAAAGGACAGAGAGUAAAGAUGGAGUUAUGCUAUUAGGAGUCAAAUCAGGAGGGGAGGAAAAUGCUGCAGCAAAAUAAGCAGCCAAGCGGAGUGACACAAGCCAAAAAUAUCAGAAGAUUAAGAAGAUGAAGAUGGCACACUGAAGGGAUCUUCCUUUGGAAUGAAAUGAAAUGGAGUGAUAUGUUUUCAAGUUGUAUACUGUAUGUAAAAAAUGAAUAAAUAUGGGCAAUGACUGUGCACAUGAUCAUUACUGUAUAUGGGGUGUUUUUAUCUUGAGAAUGAGUAAAUAAUAUGAUGUUAUAGUGAGAACAUUGCUGGAAAUAGAAUUCUGUAGUUUUCUGUAAUGUAAUAAAUAUACUUUAAAAUUC